UUUAAUUCGAUUUUACCCCUGCCGAAGAAUUGAAUUGCUCUUGCGCGAUCCUGGGCUAUUUAGUCUUACCUAAUAACUUAGGAGGUAAUACCUUGCUAGUGGGGUAGACUCAAAAUCUCGAAAUUUCAUGUUUUUCACUUGAGGGCUAACGGCGUACCUUAUGCCUUCCACGUAUAAGUUCCCUUUACACGACAGCGACAAACGAUCACCCAUCAGCGCCCCGCGAAAUCAUAUUGAAGAUGAAGGUAAUAAGCCUCAACUUCUUGACGUGCGCCGUCAAGUCUUGCAAAUCGUCCGGCGCCGCAUUUCCCCUUCAUCCGAAAGAUGCAGAGCUGGUGCAAGACGACAUUGAGCUCAAUGCGCAGAUGCUUCUCAAUAUCCUCCCGCGUCUAGACUGGGCCGCCCUGCGAACCAAUGCCACCGAGCUGGGAUUCCCCGAGCUGCCUGCUGAGCUGCCCACCCGAGAGGCGCUGGAGGCCGACGAGAAGAAAUUGAAAGACCUGCAUCAUCUGCUUGUGGAGACACAGAUCAUGGAGGGUAAGCUGGUUUGCAGGAACUGCGGUCAUGAGUACGCCAUUCGGGAGGGCAUCGCCAACUUCUUGCUUCCGAGUCACCUGGUGUGAUCAAAUGAGGUGGUCACGAGCAUGAUGAUUGAUGAAGAGGGUUGAGCGGAGCGAACAAGCAUCGACGGGCAUCGUUCUUCAACAUCCGAACCGUAGUGAUGGUCAGAUGGUGGGCGUUCACGGAGUUCAGACUGGGAGAGAAGAAUUUAUGAUAGAGUACAAUGCUACAUUGAUGACAAGGAAAAGAACUCUAAUAAACCUGC